AGGAGAUAAAUAGAGGACUGUCGGAAGGGGGAUUAAAGAACAUUGAAAGCAAAUCUUAAACUACAGUGAUGUAAACAGACAAUCGAACGGGAUUACUAAUUUGAUAUGGAUAUAUUAUUUUUGUGAAUUUACCGUCUUUGACCAAAUCUCAGGUGUUGACAUACCUGUAAAAUGGUCAUCAAUCAAACAGUAUUACAAUGAUAUCGAACACCGACGUUCAAGCGCUCAGGAAAGAUGAAGAAAACUGGGUCCGAACCAUUAUUGGCCUGAACGCUACUAAGACAUGCUUAGCAGGGUUUGCAGAGGAUGUUAUGUUGAAGUUAAGAGAACAUGCAAGAAACGAAGUCGUGAAACGAAACCGUCUUUGUAAGUUUGUUAGCUGUUCCCAAUGUUCAAUUGCUGACCUUUUGCCAUGCCCUACCUAUGACGUUUGUUUUAAUAAAAGUGGAGCUUGCAAAUUCCACGUCAACACACCUAAAGUUUGUCCAAAUAGUGUUUGCAAUGUUAUAUUGGAGUACAUAAUCAAAAGCCAUCGACAUCAUUCCCCAUCGUGGAGAAAUACAGAACCAUCUUUGUGGUUUACAAAUUCUUGGGAAAUUGCAAAAUGCUUUCUACCCCCCGACGGAUAUAAAGAUGUAAAAUCGGCAGAAGAAACAGAUUUCGAUGGCAUUGCUUGUGUCAUAAAGAACUGCCUGAUGUUUGAAAAUGUUACUGGACAAAAUAUGGCACGUUCGAACUCAAGUUUGUCAAAGGCACUUGCCGUAUCAAGAGGUAUUAUCUCUAGUACAUCACUACAUGUAACAGACGAACAGAUGACCAGCGACUUGCACAUACUCGAAUCACUUCUAACAGACACCAAAUGCCUUAAAGAGAGGAAGGCCACAAAAACGGCUUUACAAACAAUUAAAAAGAUACGCAACAAUGAUAUGAAAAUCACGUCUGAAAAAUUGGAAGAGGUUAAAUUGAGCUCAUACAACCAGCAUUUGGUUUGGAAGAAAAAGGAAAUAUCAUAUGGUUACGCGGAUAAAACAGGGCCUUUACAAAAGAAACAGAAAAUAUCAAAUUCCAGACAACUGCGUUCUGCUCAUUCGUCACAUGGAUACUGCUCUGCACCAGAGACGAUUAUUAUUGACAAAGACAUACACAAGUGGUUUUCAGUUUACAUACAUGCAUGCGCAGAUGUUCGUGAAAUAAACAUAACAACUGAUUCGAUUCUGUGUGCCUUGGGUAUAACACACAUUGCUGAAGUUAAUCGAACGUUUGUAUCAAAUUCUGUAGUAGUCCGAUUGAUAUUCAUGAUUGAUCACACAACAAUGGAUUUGAUGGAAAUCUUUCGCAGUAUCCGAAAGAAAGUUGACGGUGGUUGUAAACCCUUGAGUCUAAGGGAAGAAAAUAACUUUUCAACGAUAUAUAUUGGUAGCAGACAGAAUAUUCAAAUGGAGGAGAUCAAACCCUGUACAAAUGCGGGACUUUUAUUUUAUGGCUUACAAGAAGAGUUUGUUCAAAAUUGCAAUGAUUUGGUUUUUGAUGUAACAAACACAAAAGACACAAAUGCAUUUCUUGAGAAACUCGACGAUAUCCUAGAACGUAUCACCAUCAAGACGCUUCGAAAGAAAACAGAGGCGUUGGUUUUGCUAAAGAGCCAAAUAUAUGAUAAUGCUGACAACAAGCCAUUUUAUGAGUUGAUUGAAUCUGAACUUACAAAGCUAGGAUUCUGUAUUAGCAGAAACAUGAACAACGGGGAAAUAUGCGACGCACAAGCAAGCACAAGCGGAACAGUAUACAAACUACGAAGCACAGAAAAAAAAUUCUUUCAGAAUGUAGUAAGUCGGAAAUCGGAAAUCGACCAACAAUUAUGCUGCCUGAAAGCUCUAUAUGCACGCAGCGGUGUUCCUGAAGAUGAAAAACCUACAUUUCCUCAAGGGAAUAUAAGCUGGAAUAUCGAAAAAGUCAAGUCAGCUCUUAAAGGUAUUUCCAAUAUUCAAGGAUUUGGCCAGUCGCUUGGUAAGUUAAAUGUGUAUAUAAAUGGGGUCAAUACCACGCAGAAGGAAAAAUCAUCAACACUUGUCGGAAAGGAAUUACAGAAAGUUGGUUUGGAUGUCGCUGACUACAAAAUGCAUUUCAUAAAGAGUGAAAAUAAUUUUUGUCACUCCGUAGGCGAUAAAAUAUACACAGAACCUAAGUCGGGGACUUUAGGCGCAUUUGCGUUGAGGUCAAACGUAUGUGAAGAAAGGAAACUCUGUGCGUUGUUAUCGUUACACGUUGCAAAACACCAGGUCGAACAUUUGGCCGAAAGAGAAGAAAUACCGCUCGAAACAAGACGCGGCAGAGUCGGUUACAUUCUAAGGCCACUUCUUUUCUCUGACCCUAGCAGAAAAUAUCUAGACAUCGCUUCUGCGAAAAUAGAUGAUGCACAUAUUAAAUUAUGCGACACGCAGUUAAAAGAUGAACAUGGAGAUAUAAAGUUGUGCACGCUUUUCGAUUUUGAAAGAGACGAUUUGCAAUUCCUAGACGGUAUGCCAGUUCACAUUUGGGGCGCCUCUUCUUCGCCAGGACUAGGAAGAAUAAAGGAAAGCAAUUUUCACAUGGAAAACGGCCUGCACAUCUUAUUAGAAAACAGAGAAGCAUCGUCCGAACAGUUUUGCAAAGAAGGUGACAGUGGAUCUGUCGUUUGUGCAUUCCACAGAAGGAAAAGAUCGCUCAUAGCUUUGGGAAUGGUAAUAGGCGAAUUUAAUACGUGCCAACAACCUACCGGAAAGCGAUAUCUCGCACUUCAGUUGAAGGAAGGCUUGCAUCAAUUAUCAGAAUUGCAAAACGCCACUUACCAGCUUUGUACUGGAAAUACUGAGGGUGAUGGGUUGUAGCAACUCAAUGCCCAAUAAAGAUGUGAGCGAGAUUUGCGCAGCCAUUAAGGAAGAGGAUUUUUUUGUUGUAUGUCUCAUAAAGAUGCUUCGGACUGUUUUUUCCCUGACAUAAUGGACAGUUUUCGGCCUUUUAUCCUUACUCAAAUAAAAAACAACAACUAUGUAUAUGUUUUCUUUGCACGACAAAUGAGACUAAAUGUUGCAGGUAAUUUUAAAAGUAUUGUUGUAAAUGCAGAGAGAGAGAGAGAGAGAGAGAGAGAGAGAGAGAGAGAGAGAGAGAAAUAAAUAUUUAUUUGUGCAUAUAUUUUAACAAUGGGUAACGGAUGUAUUUCAAUAACAAUAGUGCGCAGACGGACUUUAGAAUAUCUCUAGAACAAAUGUGUAAAUGUCAGAUUUAAAGUAAAAUAUUGUUAAUAUUGAUUAAAAGCAAUUGUAAUGGCAUUGUCCAGAUAAAGAAUAUCUUUGCAUAAACUACAAGUACAGGCAGGAAGAUGGUAAAUGCCAGCAGCAGUUCUUCAUGUGGAAAGCAAAUGUAAUGUAUGCAAUGUACUUAAUGAUUAGUAAUGUUUUGACCUUGAAUCAAAAACGUUUGUUGAUUAUUGAUACUGUUUACUAUGUGUAUAAGGUAAAAUACUUUUUCGAGUUUGUAAGCUAUUUAAAACUAUAAUGAUUUUAUGUCCAUGUCAACGGUUCAUUGUAUCAUCUUGUAUUCAUGUGGCAUCUGUAGACCAAGUACGUACGGGCGACUGGAAGAUUCAUUCAUUUAAAUACUGCAAAGCUGUUCUAUACAUUCGUUAAGCAUCCGUGUUCAUUUUGGUGUCCGUGAGAAAUCGCGCAUUAUAUAAAAAUACUGAAACUAAGCAGGCGCGGACAGGACUUUACUCAACAAAACAUUACAAUGCAUUAAAUGCAAUACUAACGUUAUUAAUUCUGGGUAAACUUAAGGUUUAUACAGCUCCAUUGUUUCAAUAUGGCUUUGGGUAUGCUUGGAUUGCCCAAGAUGUUGGAGAUAUAAAUAUAUUUAUGUAUCAUUUUAAAACAAGAAUUUCUGAUUGUUGUAGACAAACAUGGCUUGGUGAUGUAAAUAAUUCCUCACGUUGUGAUACUUAUAAAUGCUUUAAGUCUUUAUUGAAUGUUGAAAGAUACCUUAAUAUCAGUUUACCGUUCCUGUACAAAAAUCAUUGGCUAGAUUUAAAACCUCUAGUCAUAAACUCCGUAUUGAAAUUGGUCGAUUUUUAAGUAUUGAUAAAAAUGAUCGCUUCUGUAUUUAUUGUUUAUUGGAUAAAGACAUACUUGUUAUUGAAGAUGAAUAUCAUGUAUUUUUUAAGUGUUCAAGAUUUAAUGACAUCCGGGAAAAUGAUUUGUUUUCUUGGUAUCGUGGAAAUACUGACAUUGUUCAUUUCUAUAAUAUGAUGGCAUCGGAAAAUGUUACCCAUAUUAAAUCCCUUUUUCUUUACGUUCAUAAACUCAUGUUAGCUAUAGAUAACACAUAACUUUGUUAACCAAGAGACACAACUCUUAUUUAGUUACAUAUGUUCAUUUUGUUAUAUUUGAUUUGCAUUGUAACAUGUAUUAUGGGCUGGAGGCCUUUCAUUGAAAUAAACUUUCGUUCGUU